CCUACUUACCUAGCCCACGACGUCGUAUUUCGCCGCUACUAGCUACAUGUUAUAAAUUAUCUUCACAUUGGCAUAGGUGUGUUUGGCUAAGUGGUGUGUGUCUUUGAGUUACUCUGAGAUCGCUGCGGGGACAGCUCUUAAUUCAACAUGUUAUGAAGGGCGGAAGCUAACUAGCAAGCGGCAGCCAUCUUAGGCGAGCAUGUAAUCUUGACUAGCUGAAAGUGCUGGUGUGGCACAACAAGAUGGCCUGAUAAUACUCGCACAAGGAGAAUUUCCGCGUCGCUAGUUCUGUCGUAAAUAGCACCACAUUACCUAAUCCGACAUUUUAAUGUCUGCUCACUGACUAGAGCACCAGCGCGGCACUGACCUAAACAAAGCUCUAUAUCCCCCGAUUCCUUCUUGUGUCCCCGCCCGGCUAGAAAACGGAGGUCGUGGGGCUGGAGUGUGUUCUCAUGGCCGAGUCAGAGACUGAAUGUGACACGCCCGGCCUUGACACACUUGGGUCGGAGUGUGUCAUAGCCCACAGCCAUGUCGACCUUCACUAUGGAGCCGAAACUGAGAUCAUGACAGAGGAAAAGCGUGGAUUAGAGCUGGAGAUCCAUGGCUCAGACUUAAAGAUCCAGGGACUGGGGACAGAGCUCGGAGCUGUAGCCUGUGUGGAUGCAAUUGUAGCCGAGACAGACCAUGAUUAUAUCAAGGUGGAACAUGGUGAGGUGCAUUGUUUCACAGGAGCAGAAAUCAAGACAUCAGGAAAUGAGACUCUGCUGGGAGAGGUGCUGCUUAAGACGGAAAGCGAGCAUGUAGUGAAAGUGGAGUCUGACCAUGGUGGGGAGUUGACAGUGGAGUCUGAAAAUGGUGUAAUCAUACAUGAAGCCCAUGGCCUGCAGUGCAACGAGUGCGGGGAGAUUUUUGGCAGCAUAGCCGAUCUUCACCAACACUUUGAGAUCCAUAAAGACCUCAAUCCUUACAUCUGUGUCCACUGUGGUGAGAGCUUUGCUGUGGAAGCCAGCCUCAAACAGCACAUGAAGAUUCACAUGAAAGAAAAGCCCUAUGUACCCCCUGGAGUUGAGAUAAUGGGCAAAGAUGUUAUCGAUGCCUUCAGCCUCAAGUCUCAUCAGAUGAUUCAUUUGCCAGACAAGCCUCACAGAUGCUCGGAGUGCGGUAAGAGCUUUGCAGCUGCGAUUACCCUGAGAGAACACAUGAAGAUGCAUUCAGAGGACAAGCCCUACAAGUGCACCCAGUGUAGGAAGAGCUUUGUCCGCAGAAGGCAUCUGAAAAAGCAUCAGGAGGUCCACGCACGUGAGAAGCCAUAUACCUGUGGCCAGUGUGGUAAAGGCUUUGCCACAACUUCCAACCUGAAGCAGCACCAGAAGACCCACGCUGCUGUUGUUCUUGGAGACAAACCCCAUCGUUGUGCGCAAUGUGGAAAGUGUUUUGCGGCUGCUGCCACUCUGAGAGAGCACCAGAGGAUCCACUCGGGUGAGAAGCCGUACAAAUGCAACAUGUGCAGGAAGAGUUUUGUCCGCAAACGCCAUCUGAAGAAGCAUCAGCAAGUCCAUGCUGGAGGAAAGCCCUACACCUGCAGACAUUGCAACAAGGGCUUCAAUCACUCCUCUUCUCUCUCUCGCCACCACAAGACCCACCUGCAGAAUCCAGUGUUUUCCCCACCUCAGCCUGGGAAAACCUUGUCGUACGGCACUCCCCCAAAGCAGAGGGUGCACCAGCAGGGAGACAAGCCCUACAUGUGCCACCACUGUGAUAAGGGCUUCAAUCAUUCCUCUUCCCUGUCCCGGCACCAAAGAGUCCACUCAGAGGGAAAGAGUUACACCUGUGCUCACUGUGGAAAAAGAUUCAAUCACUCCUCUUCCCUGGCAAGGCAUCAAAGAGUUCACUUGGAGAAUAAACAGCAGCAGCCACAACCACCACAGCCGCCACCGCAGCAGUACAGCGCCAUCCCCACAGGGAAGGGAUUCCCUAACAACGCCUUCCCAAAACAGCACAUCCUGUCUGUUGAAAAACCAUACAGGUGCUCCCAGUGUGGAAAAGGCUUUAACCAUUCAUCUUCCCUCUCCAGACAUCAUAGGAUCCAUGUAGACCAGUGAGCACCUUUUGCCACCCUCAAAUGCUGUCCCAUGCAAGCGAAAAACACCCCUGCACCCCAUGGUUUCUGUUCUACCAAUGGUAAUUGCCAUCACCAUGCCAUAACAAAUAACAGGCCAACUUCUAUAGAUAAGUGGUCAGGUCAGCACAUUGCUACGUUGAAGUGGAGCAGAUGAGAUGAUGAUAAAUGUCCUUGUGAACAAAUCUUCAUAAGGUGGGAGGACAGUGAACCUAUAAUUCAGAGCUGAACCCAGGACUUUGUGCUCAGUUUGAAGAAGCGUAAUAGAUUGUGAAGGCGCCUCUAUUCUUGUUUGUGAUUGUGCUUCACUUGCUCCGUGACCUUUUUUGAACACUUUUAAAA